UGAAAGUUAUGAUUUCGUCUAUCGGGAUAGGUUUACUGCUGUCAUUGACAAUACACAACGUGUGCGGAAGUCUUUAUGACCCGCAUGUGUUCCCAGACACGGGUCCGUUUUUCGAAGGUUUAAAAUGUUUCGUGGAAAGCGAUUGGCGUUAUGUCAUGUUCUACUAUUGACGUCAUAUCUGUAUCCCAGCGCCCUGUCCCAGUCCCACUCUGGAUUCGUGCCGCCAAUACAAACAGCACACGCGACAUCGCCCUUUCCGUCCACGGUGAACACAAUCCACCCACAGGCGAUCAACUACCCCGUAGCAAAGGGUUUCAGCGGCUACCCAUACCACAACACCCUCGGUGACUACAGCUACUACCCCGUCGACGGCCAGUACUGGACCGGACAACAUGUUCCUCUGUACUCGCAGUAUCUACAAUAUCCACAACAGUACUACAACCCACAGCCCUACUUUCCGCCGUACGGUCAGGCGUGGGCUACACCCUACUCCUAUCCUAACUAUCAGUUUGGAAAUUACUACACCCAACAGUCCUACGGCUAUAUUCAUCCGCAGACUGGUUACAGCAACUCCUACGGACAGUACCCCGCAUUUCAUCCACAGUACUGGACCGGUGUACCUACAUACCACCAGACGCCAUAUAACGGACAACCAGCCUAUUACGAUCCUUUCCUGUACCCUUCUCACCCGAUGAUGUAUCAGGGGCACUACUACGCCCCAUACCCCGCCCUCCCCUAUCCAGGAAAUCGCGGUAUCCUUGGAGGACCCGGAAGUGGCGUCACUAAGGGCGUUAUUGGUGGAAUAUUGGCUGGACUGCUUGUCGGAACAGCGGCCAGAAGGGGCUAAUCAAGUCAGUUAUUCACAUCAGCACGUACCUAGCACGUAUAAUAAACUGCAAAAACGUGUCAUUUUGAUAAUACUUUAGUAGUACAUGUAUAUGACUCGGGAAUGUUUUUUGUCGUUUGCAUGUUUUAACAUGUUUUGUGAUUUUUUUUUACUUUUAAAGACAUUUUGCAUAAGGCGGCAUUGAUUUCCAAAGCUUAACCUGACUGACAGAGACUGCGUGUCUGUAUAGUUACAUUCUGACACAAAAACCAGAACAGUGAAAAUCUAUACAUACACAAAUAAGUUUGCAAUAAAUUUUCUUACAGAAGUAGACAUUACGCGCUAUAGUGUACGUACUGUAUACUUCUGUGCAAAACUUUUAAUACUUUGUAAUAUUAAAUGACAUCAUUCGAUUUUCCGAGAGUAUGAUUUUUCAAAGCAUAUUGGGAUAGAAUUUUAAUUUGAUAGCAAUUGUAGUAUUUAUGUAGUUUUCUUUCUAUUUUUCUUCUUCAUCUUUAUAACCUUCAUCUUCUCAUCGUCUUUUCUCUCUUGGUUUUGCGAAUA